UAAAAAUGGGGAAUAAGAAUUGUUGAGUUGGAGAAAGAGCUCAAAAAUGUCUAUCCUCCGAGGCUGAUGAGAGAAAAGAUGCUAUUAGAGGAAUUAAUCAAGAUGAAAAACCAAAACAUAAGAAGCAUAAAUCUACUAAUGAUGGCCACGACAAGAAAAUUGAGUUUACAUCAACACACAUUCAAAUUAAAUAUGACGAAUCUUUCUAUGAUAACGAAAAUGAUUGCAUCAAAGACCAUAAAUUAGCUCCUCCUCGUCUUUUGCCUAAACCUUCUGCUACAAAGCGUAUUUCCUAUAUGAUGAGUAAGUCUAAAAAGAGUAUGGAAAUGGCUCAUGGAACAAGGUUUUCCCACCCGAAUCCCGACACAGAUUCAAGAAAAAGAGCCAAGAAAAAUAUAAAAGCUAGAUGGAGGAAGAAAGGCAGAAAGACUUUUGGAAUAGACAGUGAAUUAGAGCCAGAAGAAGGAGGCAAUAAGAGUAAUUUAGUCAUCAGAUAAAGAUUAUAUUGA